GGAGGGUUUAAAGAUGACUGGAAGCCAUCUUACACACUCGCUUUACACCCCGAAAUAUAUGUCACAACUCUACACCUAUAAUUCACAAACACCGACACAUAGAAAGAUUUUCUCAGCCACAUCUGGUUGAAAACCUUUGAAAUCAUUGAUGUUGAAUAAUUGGAGAGAAAGGAAUGAACCAAAUUGAAAAGACUAACGCUGGCUCCCUGGCCCCUGGUCUGUGAAACUUUCCUUUUGCAGAGGAAGGAUUUACUCAUUCACGAAAAGGAUAAUUGAAGCUAAUCUUCCUGCUUCGAUAUCUGUGACCUGUUGCUUGAGAGACACUGACAUUGAGAUGUUUCCCAAGAGACUUGCAAUUUGAGGAACAAGGAACUGGUGAAAAAUACCGCUUUAAAUUUGUGCGCUUUGGACACUGAGAAAGCUGUGGGAAGGACAACUUGCAAUUUUUUUAUUUUUUUGCUGGCCCAUUAAUAUAAAGUAUUAUCUCCACUGUUGUUUGUCUCUCACUGUUUGAAAGAAAAAAAAAACUAUUUAAGUCAUGAGUACAGCCAGAAUGGAGAAUCCAGUGAUUCUAGGACUAUCGAAUCAAAAUGGCCAAAUGCGAGGCUCUGUGAAGCCAGCAGGUGGUCCAGGAGGAGGUGGAGGGGUGUCCCAAACAACACAGCCAGCCCAGGUCAAACCCUCCAGCACAGUCAACAACGGCAACUCCCAGCCUGCACCUACAGCCAACACUAUCAUCAAGCCUGGGGAUGACUGGAAGAAGAAUCUAAAACUUCCUCCGAAGGAUUUGCGCAUGAGGACUUCAGAUGUGACGGCGACCAAGGGAAAUGAGUUUGAGGAUUACUGCCUGAAACGGGAACUGCUUAUGGGCAUCUUUGAAAUGGGCUGGGAGAAACCGUCACCUAUACAGGAGGAGAGCAUUCCCAUUGCGUUGUCUGGGAGGGACAUUCUGGCCAGAGCCAAGAAUGGCACAGGAAAAAGUGGCGCCUACCUCAUUCCCUUACUUGAACGCAUUGACCUGAAGAAAGACAGCAUACAAGCGUUGGUUAUUGUGCCCACUAGAGAACUGGCUCUACAAGUGAGCCAAAUAUGCAUUCAGGUCAGCAAACACAUGGGCGGGGUCAAGGUCAUGGCAACUACAGGUGGAACCAACCUCCGUGAUGACAUCAUGAGACUUGACGAAACAGUGCAUGUUGUCAUUGCCACUCCAGGAAGAAUUUUAGACCUCAUCAAAAAGGGAGUGGCCAAAGUCAAUCAAGUACAGAUGAUCGUGUUGGAUGAGGCAGAUAAGCUCCUGUCACAGGACUUUGUACAGAUGAUGGAGGAGAUUCUGAGCUAUUUGGCCAAACAAAGGCAAAUUUUGCUGUACUCUGCCACCUUCCCACUGAGUGUGCAGAAGUUUAUGAACUCCCAUCUGCAGAAGCCCUAUGAGAUAAACCUGAUGGAGGAGCUGACCCUGAAGGGGGUUACCCAGUAUUACGCCUAUGUAACUGAAAGGCAGAAAGUUCAUUGCCUUAAUACUCUGUUCUCCAGGCUCCAGAUCAAUCAGUCUAUAAUCUUCUGCAAUUCAUCACAGCGAGUGGAACUCCUGGCAAAGAAGAUCUCUCAGCUUGGAUACUCCUGUUUCUACAUUCACGCCAAGAUGAGACAGGAACACCGAAACCGUGUGUUCCAUGAUUUUAGAAAUGGCUUAUGUCGAAAUCUCGUCUGCACUGAUCUCUUCACAAGAGGAAUUGAUAUACAAGCUGUGAAUGUGGUGAUCAACUUUGAUUUCCCCAAACUGGGGGAGACGUACCUCCAUCGCAUUGGCAGAUCUGGUCGGUUUGGACACUUGGGUCUCGCCAUUAACUUGAUCACUUAUGAUGACCGCUUUAACCUGAAAGGUAUUGAAGAACAGCUGGGUACUGAAAUAAAGCCCAUUCCCAGCAGUAUUGAUAAGAGUCUAUAUGUGGCGGAGUACCACAGUGAGAGUGGAGAGGAGGUUAAACUGUGAGCAGGAGAGAUCUCCAAUCCUUCGUCCCCUUUCCCCACCUUUUUUCCUUCCCUAUUGUGUCUAGGGAAUAGGAGGAUUUUUUUUGUUUAAACUAUAUCUUCCGUCUGUCUUCCUCUUCCCCCCCACUUUAUUUUCUUGCUUGUUUGGUGCCACCACAAGGAAUGUGAUGAUGUGACGACCCAAUUAUCGGGACGGACUUAUGGCCUAAUAAAGGACUGCUGCACCGAUAUUUUCAUCCUGAAGACUUCAAAUCAUUUGAGGAGGGAAAGAGGGGACAUGAGGAUUUAUCACCCAAGAAAAAGACUACCCAUCGCCUGGAAGCACAUUCUCACCCCACUCUCUCUCUCUGUUCCUCUGCUCAUCUUCAUGUUUCUAGUCAUUUGAAACAAGUGCCUUAACAAGCAGUCUAACUUGUUCAAAAAGUAAUAACCUGAUUUUUUUUUUUUUCGCUCCUAACUCAUUUGAAGAUGUGGUCUUGAUCUUUCUCUGGUCCUCCCGUUUGACAGAAGAAUUAUUUUGCAUUUGCCACCUGUAGAUUUGAGGCGAUGAAGAACAGGAUUUCACAGCGGGAGAGUGGAUGGGGUGGCAUGUGCGAUUUGUGCCGUCUCUGGCAUACUUGACUGUCGUGUGAAGAGAAAGCCCCCUGGAGAACUGAGAUGAUAUCAGUGGGCGUAAAGACAAUGAUGGGGCUAAUGUUCCUAUGGCAAGCUUUCAAAAGUCAAACAAGGCUCCCAGUGGCGCUUUCCUUCAUCUGCUCAUGGAACAUACCAUUCCUCUAGAGACCCAAAACUCUUUCCCUCUCUGUCUUCAGUGGGCCAACACUAAGAGACUUGACUAGACUCAGACCAGCCUUUUCCUUGGCCAUGAGGACUCCUGCUUUGAGACGAAUGUGGACUUGUUUGUCCUUUUUUUUUUUUUUUUUUUCUUCCCUUCCCCAUUCCACCUGAUUUAUGUGCAGUUUUACAUUGUUAUUGGGUAGGCACUCUUUCCUAAAUGUGCCAUUUAUACAGAUCUGGCACGUUGUAAACAUUUUUGUAAAUACUUUUUUUUUUUUUUUUUU